AGCCGAAGUGCUGUACCUCCCCUUUUGUCGUUGGCGUUGCAGUGUCACAGCCCUCACAUUAAUCAUUGCAGUUUACCAGUGAUAGUAGGAGGCUGACAAAAGCCACGUACUUUUCUUCUGUGUUUAAAACCGUUGUCUGUGGAAACUCUGCAAGCUUGAGAAAAACUGCUGCUCCUUUUUAGCCAAGAUACCACACCGCAAACAUCUGCAUUCAGUCAAGAUGCUUGUGGACCCAAUGAGGAAUUGGCUGAAGACGCUUCUGCGUCUCCUGCUGCUGCUUGGUGACGUUUUGGGAUCCACGGCUGAGACACCCUUGCGAAAGAAAGUUCUCGACCUGAUGAAACAAGCCCCGUUAAUCGAUGGGCACAACGAUCUGCCGCUUAGGCUGAGGUGGUUGUACAAAACCAAACUGAGCAAAGUUGACUUGAGGACAUUCAACAAGACAAACACAAACAUUGGGAGGCUCCAGGCUGGUCAUGUUGGUGCUCAGUUUUGGUCAGUGUAUGUUCUCUGCAGUGCACAGAACAAAGAUGCCGUGCGCUUGACAUUGGAACAAAUUGACAUUGUGAAGCGAAUGUGCCAGGCCCAUGAAGAAUUUGAACUGGUGACUUCCUCUCAAGGGAUUGCUGAUGUUGGCAGCAACAAGAUAGCCUGCUUGAUGGGCAUCGAAGGGGGGCACUCCAUUGACAGCAGCCUUGCAGUUCUGAGGAUGUUUUACGAGCUGGGCGUUCGGUACAUGACACUGACACACACCUGCAACACUCCCUGGGCAGAAACUUCCUCACACGCCUAUAAUUUUUAUCCCAAGACUAAAGGAUUGAGCGCUUUUGGCAAAGAAGUGGUGAAGGAGAUGAAUCGCCUCGGGAUGAUAAUAGACUUAUCUCACACUUCUGAUGCAACAGCGAAGGCAGCUUUAAGUAUCUCCAAAGCGCCAGUCAUUUUCAGCCAUUCCUCAUCCUUCUCUGUCUGCAAGCAUCAAAGGAACGUUCCAGAUGAUACUCUGCUAAAACUAAAACAGAAUGGUGGGAUUAUAAUGGUGACAUUCCCAACCACGUUUUUGAACUGUGGGAACCAAGCGGUCAACGUUUCAACUGUUGCAGAUCACUUUGACCACAUAAAGAAAACUGCAGGUGCAACUUCAAUAGGAAUUGGCAGUGACUACGAUGGAGAACAAGUAUUCCCUGUGGGACUGGAAGAUGUUUCUAAAUAUCCAGCCUUGAUCGAGGAGCUGCUGAAGAGAGGCUGGACUGACGAAGAACUGAAGGGCGUUUUGAGAGGGAACUUCCUUCGUGUUUUCCAGGAAGUGGAAAAAAUACGGAAGGAGAGUUUGUCACGGAACGCAAGUGAAGCGGAAAUACCUCCGGAACAGGUCAAGCACGCCUGUCGCUUAGAACUGUCCUUCCCAUCUCCUCGGCCAGGCCGUUCCUACGGACUGCGUUUGGGAGGACUAACAAACAGUCUAGUACUCGCUAUUGUGGUGCUCCCUGUGCUACAUUGAGAUGAUCUCCGGCAACAGAGGAAUGACCCUACCUGCUUGCCCAGAGGUGAACGUGCAACGUGGUGACGUGUAAUGCCACUGGAUGCUACUGUGUGUGACAUUUGUUCUGCCUUCUCCUUUAUUUCCACCGAUGGAGGAGAUUGUUUGGGACCCGUGCCCAAGGAGCCUUAAUUUCUAGAAACACCCACAUGCACCAUGUUCAGCAAAAGGGUGUGUUCACGCAUGUGUCUAUGAGUGUUUUCAGAUGGGGGGGGAAUCGUAUUUCCUUAACGUAGCUUUGCUUCCUGCUUCUCUUCCACAACAGGGAUGGGCAGAAUCACAUAGGGGGAGGAGACAGCAAGCCGCGACCACAUGGCCCAUUCAGUGGCUGUUUUUAUAGCGCAACCUCUCCUGCACACGGCAGGCAAUAGCACCAAUUAUCAUUGUAGCCGAGACUAAUUGGAUUUUCCAAGUCUUAUUUUGUAGCAGAAAAAACAACAGAAGGAAGACAUGCAGGAAGAUCACUGCAUCAACAAAAUGACCCACGAAGAUCCGAAUGUGCUAUAAAAUGCUCGUCUAAUGUUGUUCUAUAUCACUAACAGCCCAAUCCUAGACAUGGCUACUCAGAAGGAAGUCUCAUUUAGUUCAAGUAGACUUACUCCCAUCUGCAGUCCUCCGUCUUAUUUGCAUUUACCUGAGUGGGAGUCAUUCCCAUGGAACUGAGGGAGGCUUACUUUUGUGUAGACAUGCUCAGGACAGCACUGUUAAUUACACACUGCUCACUGUGAGGAAAAAAAACUCUGUUUGCAGCAUUGUACUGCAUUUUUUGGUGUUUCUGAGCAUAAACAGAACACUCCACCAGACACAGAUACCAAAAAAUAGCUUUUACUGAGUGAGUCACAGUACAAACUAAAAUUCAUGCCCAGGGCCGGUGCCAGACUAUUUUGUGCCCUAGGCAAGGUGAGCUACUUUCACACACACACACACACACACCCAAUUUUUUUGCCAACUUCGAUUUUUAUUCUCCUCCUUGUGCAAGCCGGCGUUGAGAAGGCGGUGGUGGCUGAGACUGAACGCAGGAGGCGCACUGUGCCCAUCUCUUGUCCUUCCCCUCCGGCUUUGGGGUGGUUGUUAUCUCUGUGGACCCACUCCUUCAGUGGUGCACUUCCUCGGUCUCCCUGUAGCACUCGCGUUGCCCUUUUCCCUCACAUACCGGCUCUCACAGACGACGACUCUAGAGGCGCUGGAGCUGGAUUUGUGGGGCCGCUUGCUCGGUCCUUGCCGGGUGAGGAGGCGGCCAUGGAGCUGUUACUGCUGGCUGCAGCACGGUGUUCUCCCUUCCCUCGACACCAAAUGGUAGGUAUAAGGUGGAGGGGUGUGGUGGGCAACAGAGUUUUCGGUGGUGCUGAGAAGGGAGCGGGCGGCAAAUCAGCCAACUGCUGGCACUCCGCCUUCGCUUGCCGGCACAAGCGGCUGGGACAGACGACCCAUCCGCUUGCGACAGGGAGCGAACUGAGACCCCCCGCCCCUCCGUCGCGUCGCCCUCAUGCUGACAAGCAUGAUGGCGACAUGAGGCAAAGACUGGGGCUCCGCCUUCGCUUGCUGGCGUUCUGGGAGAGUGACUUCUGGGUGUGCCAUUCUGAAGCCACCUGCCCGCCCCCCACCCCAGUGUUCUGGUGGGCACCCAGUCGAAGCGAAGCCAGGACACUGGGGCAGGCGGGCGGCUUUGGAACAGCGCACCCAGAAGCCGCCCUCUCAGAGCCGCUGUGGGAGAACGGCUUCCGGGUGCAGCGUUUGGCGCCCCCUUUACCUUGGCGCUCUAGGCGGCUGCCUGACCCGCCUAUAUGGUAGCGCCAGCCCUGUUCAUGCCUGCCUAAAAUAUCAGGUGAGUCCUUUUAUACUGAUCAGUGUAACACUCAAAUAAAUCCUCCAUGUAACACAAGCCAAAUAUACACAUAUAAUUACAUCUACCUUUUCCUUAUCCAUAUCUCAGUAGUUUUCUCACUAUUCUUCCCCUAGAUGUAAUUACUGGUUUCUCUUCCAGCUCCAUCUUUCUAAAAAUCAUUCUGUUCUAUAUUCAUACUUCAACUAUCUUCCUUCCCAAACUCCCUCUCGUGAUUUUCCUCAUACAUGUUACAUAUGAAAGACACAAGGUUGGUUUUCUCCAAGAGUUUAAAAUGAGGAAGAGCCUAUUAAUUCCUCUGUGAUCUGAUUUGAAGUUAUUGGCAUAGUGAUGUGAGUUUAGCCUGCUGCGUGAGUCUCUAAUGAGAGAUAGAAUCGUUUGUGGAAUAAGAGCGGAGAAUUUCAGGGCAAGGAUGCCGAGGGAAAUGCCCUGGAAAAAGCUGUGGAUAUUUGCAGAGCAGAAGAAGUGACUGUAAAGCAAUUAAAAGGAUUGGGACCAGCAGAGAAACAAAUGGAUAUUUUGAAAAGAAGAUUGUGAAACCCGUUUCAAGUUUUCUUUCAAGAUCAAAGUUUUGUUGCAGGUGUUGUAACAACCAUAAGAUAAGACAAAGUCCUGCACAUGGAAAAGAUUGUAGAAAAUGUGGAAGACCUCAUCGUUUUGCAAAGAUGUGUAAAAUCUUCCACAGACAUGUGUAAAGCAAUUUCAUUUGACUGACCUAGCAGGGUUCACCCACCCAAUGUCCUUAUGAAAGCAGCGAACAUCAUGUUUGGGUGAAUCAGUCUACAUUUAAGCUUUAAUCCAAAGUUUGAAGGUGGUCACUAGAUUCUGCAUAGAACAUUGCCUUUUCAUCCCCCUUUGGAAAGUGGACACUGUCCCAAUACCUUCUCUGUAGCACACAGAGGUUGUGAUGGUGCCAUUUGGGCAACAUAUUUUGUUCAUUGACUAUCCUCGGUUUUCUGUCCUGACCAAAACUGAACCAUGAGGAAAGUUCAUGUAUCCUAUUCCAUGGAUGAGCUGUAAUGCACACACAUGAUCUUACGGACCAUGUUAUCCUGCUUGUAUCAUGGUAUGGUUUCUAACAAUAAGUGAUAGCUGAGGACUAUGGGUCUGGAAACAAAGCCCUAUGAGGAGAGACUGAAAGAACUGGGCAUGUUUAGCCGGGAGAAGAGAAGAUUGAGGGGAGACAUGAUAGCACUCUUCAAAUACUUGAAAGGUUGUCACACAGAGGAGGGCCAGGAUCUCUUCUCGAUCCUCCCAGAAUACAGGACACGGAAUAAUGGCAUCAAGUUACAGGAAGCCAGCUGGACAUCAGGAAAAACUUCCUGACUGUUAGAGCAGUGUGACAAUGGAACCAAUUACCGAAGGAGGUCAUGGCCUCUCCCACACUAAAGGCCUUCAAAAGGCAGCUGGACAGCCAUCAGUCAGGGAUGCUUUAAGGUGGAUUCCUGCAAUGAGCAGUGGGUUGGACUUGAUGGCCUUGUAGGCCCCUUCCAACUCUACUAUUCUAUAACUCUAUGAGAGCCCUAUUCAGGCAUUUCCCCCCCCUCCGGCAGACUACCACUGUAUGAAGAGGACAGCAAAGAUAAGGACUUCGCCUCACCCCCUUUGUUGUGUCCCAUCACUCGCUUCAUCACCUUCCACAACACAAGCCAGGAAGGUGGAAUGCUGUAGUGGGGAGAUUUCUCUAUCCGCAGAGGCUUCCCGUACAAUUUUGAAUCCUGGAAGAUUCCCUUCCCAACGCAAUGUGGGAAUGGACACAGUGAUGCAAUAGAGAGGGGAGAACUCGCAUGUGCAGCCCCAGGCUCACCCUCAUCAGGUGAGGGGCAUAAUGCCUGAAGAGGACUACAGUCAGGUAGGAAUGCAAGUCAUACGUACCUCUCAAGACCAGUCUCCUGCAUGGAGCGUAGGAAAAAAGCAGGAAGCAAUGCACAGUUUACACACCACCAAUGUAAGUCACUACAAAUGAGUUUUGGUAGGGGUGGAGGCCACCGAUUUGGAUGGUUUUAAAAAGGGGGUGGAGAAAUUCCUGGAGGAGAAGGCUAUCAAUGGCUGCCAGUCCUGAGGGCUCUGUGCUACCUCCAGUAGCAGAGGCAGUAGGCUUGACAGCCUUUCAUCCUACGUUGAGCCGUUUCUGGCCUGUUAUUGACCUGCUGUGUUGAUGAGCUGUGUGGGUUUUAUAAAGUGCUUUGAUGCUG